AUGAAGGCCUCGUUCAUCGCAACUCUUGUUGGCGCCACCGCCGUGGCCGCCGCCGACUGCCCAGCCGCCGGCUCGACUGAUAGCCAGGGCCGCUAUAGCUGCAACCUGGCUCAUCAGUAUCCCAACGGCCAGACUUGCGCCGUCGUCGACGGGUGCCCCUUCCUCGUCGGCUCUGAUGGAAAGCCCGUGAACAACAGCCCAGCCCAGCCCAGCGAGACUGCUGCCGCCUGCCCUGCUGCCGGCUCGACUGAUAGCGAGGGCCGUUAUAGCUGCAACCCGGCUCACCAGUAUCCCAACGGCCAGACUUGCGAAAUCGACGACGGGUGCCCCUACCUCUUCGGCCCUGAUGGCAAGCCUGUCAACAACAGCCCUACCACUGCUGCCCAGCCUACCGAGACUGCUGCCGCCUGCCCUGCUCCCGGCUCGACUGAUAGCAAGGGACGGUAUAGCUGCAACCCGGCCCACCAGUAUCCCAACGGCCAGACCUGCGGCCAAGUCGACGGCUGCCUCUUCCUCCUCGGCCCCGAUGGAAAGCCCGUCAUCAACAGCCCUGCUAAGCCUAGCGAGACUGCUGCCGCUUGCCCUGCCCCGGGCUCAACCGACAGCCAGGGCCGGUAUAGCUGCAACCCUGCCCACCAGUACCCCAACGGCCAGAGCUGUGUUGCCAUCCAGGGCUGCUACUUCCUCUGCGGCUCCGACGGCAAGCCCGUUGAUAAUGCUCCUGCUCCCACCGAGACUGCCGCCGCCUGCCCUGCCCCCGGAUCGACAGACAGCCAGGGCCGAUAUAGCUGCAACCCUGCCCACCAGUACCCCAACGGCCAGAGCUGCGUUGCCAUCCAGGGCUGCUACUUCCUCUGCGGCUCCGACGGCAAGCCUGUCGACAACGGGCCUGCUCCCACCACCAGUGCCGUCCAGCCUCCCCAGCCCUCGGGUGCGGCCUGCCCUGCUCCCGGCUCGACUGAUAGCCAGGGCCGGUAUAGCUGCAACCCGGCUCAUCAGUAUCCCAGCGGGCAGACUUGCACCGUCGUUGAUGGCUGCUACGUCCUUACCUCUGGUGAUAAGCCUGUUAAUAACAACAACGGGACUACCCCUGCCCAGCCGCCUGUUACUGCUGGUGCCGCUUCUCUGCAGGCUGCUGGUGCCCUUGUCCUGGCUGCCUUUGGUCUCCUCUUGUAA